GCUUCUUAUCGCAUGUUCUUCUUUCACGAACUACUAGUACUGGUUUAACCGUCCACUCCGAAAGUACCAAUUCAUUUACUAGAAUGACUUAAUAUAUACCCUUUCGGUUGUAAUAUUCCCCAAUGUCUACCUUUGACGGGAUCGUCCAAGAAUUUCCAUAUAUUCAGAUUGACUACUUUCGCAAAAACCCAGAGAGGCCUCCUCCACUGGCCGGCUUUCUUAGCCAUGUCCACAGCGAUCAUCUCCAGGGUUUGGAGUCCUUCCGAGCUCCAUUCAUCUACUGUUCGGCAGCAACUAGAGAGCUACUCUUACACAUCGAGAAAUAUCCUCACCGCAUGAAUUUCAGUAGAGGCAUCCUUGAAUCCCGGAAGUUGCAUUACAAACAUCUAUCCAAACUUUUAGUAACUUGUCUCGCCAUGAUACUCUCUUCUCCCUACUAAUAUCACAUAGCGGCCGAUCCCUCUAAACACGCCGACGGAGAUCGAACUUACCCCUCGGCUCUCCAUCCGAGUUACCCUACUAGACGCCAAUCACUGUACAGGCGCGGUGAUGUUUCUCAUCGAAGGUAGUGGAAAAUCCGUUCUCUACACCGGCGACAUUCGUGCGGAGUCUUGGUGGGUCAACAGUCUUAUCCGACAUCCGGUUCUCAUUCCCUACACUCUAGGUGGAAAGCGAUUGGAUAAGAUCUAUCUCGACAGUACAUUUGCCCGCCACUCGUCUAUAUACCGUACAUUUCCAUCCAAGGCAAAAGGAUUAGCAGAACUUCUGCAGAAAGUCGCAUCCUAUCCAGAGGACACUAUCUUCUACUUCCGAGCAUGGACUUUCGGAUAUGAGGAAGUCUGGAUGGCACUUUCUGCUGCUCUCAAUUCAAAGGUCCAUGUGGAUCGGUACCAAAGAGGUCUGUAUAGGUCGCUCGUUCCCACUCAACAGGGGACCGGCGAAGCAUCUGCCCUUUGUGGCUUUGAGCUCGGGAAUAGAUUUGUUCCUGGCUGUUUGAGUGAAGACGAAGGGUGUCGCAUCCAUAGUUGUGAGCCAGGCGUACAAUGUUCGGCCAUUUCUUCGAAGAACCCGGUUCAUAUAAUCCCGAUCGUUAGUCGAACGAAUGAUGGCUCGGAAAUACCCGAAGUUGGAGCUGGAGGCGGAGGUGGUGACCUGUAUCAGAUUCAUGAGCUCGAAAUCCCGAACGAGCUUUCACUAGAGCAGCUAGAGAAACUCUGUCUCGAAAGCAUUCACGAUCCUCAAAUACUCUCGGAGACGCGAGAGGCGUUCAUUGAGGCAUGCAAGUCCAGCAGUAAAGCACUCCAGCUUGAUAGCUAUGGGAUGAAAGAUGAUCAUGAUAUACCCCUGGAAAAUCUAGUUAACAUCCUCAGCCGGGGCCGUUUCCGCGACAAAAUUUGGUCCGAUAACAACCAGGUAUCCACAGGACAACAUGAUAGGCUAGGAAAUCGGCUCCCAGGAGUUAUUCACUUUCCAUAUUCGCGCCACUCAUCCUACGCAGAAUUAUGCGAGCUGGUCUCCGCAUUCAAACCAAAAGACAUAUGUCCUUGUACAGUUGACCCUCUAACAUGGGAUGAGGACGUCUCCAUGCAAAGUCUCUUCGGCCAUCUGUGCACAGGAACGGAAUUCACCCACGACCAUCACAUGCGAGACAUGCUGGAAAACGACGAAGACCUUCGCUCAAGAAAACGAACUCGCUACGAAGAACCCGCGUCACAAUCAAGCCAGCUACCCAGUAAUCGCGAUGGCAUACCCAGAACCACAAUAGAUUUCACCACUGGAAACCCCGACGACGAUACAAGCUCAGAUAGAAGAGCACCAGAUCACACCAAUUCACCACUAGAAACAACUAGCGCACAGCCGCAACCAAGACUCCACAAACCCCACCCUGCAAAAUCAAGUAUAUUCUCAUCAUCACAUUCAUCUUCAGGCCGCAUCCCUAUGCCAUCAUCCCUAGAGACUAUCCAAGACAACAACCAAGCAGUAGACUCGCGACUCUCCACCGAAGAUUCAACCCGGACAGCAGAAAAAGCCAGACGAAACGAGGUCCGCCAAGCAUGGCACUUCCUGAAUAACGCUCGCUCUGACCAAACUCCAUUUCACCUUGGUUCUCUCCCCUCUUCAUGGUCUACCGAAGAAGACAAGGACCCCGAGUACCAGAGGAAGACCACUGCAGAAGAAGAGAUAUCGCAUCACAUUGUGCAGCAAUCUAACAAUGGCCCCGGCAUCGACGUCGACGUUCAUAUCACAGACCACAACAUCGAGGAUCCAGAGCCAGGGCCAGAAAGCCAAUUCAGCCACUCACUCUCCCUUUCCUCUUCCGCCUUUGCAUCCCAAGAACAGCCGUUGGAGCCAGCCAGUGAUAUGUGUUUCGAUGGUGCAUUUGAUGAGCAUAUCGAAGCUCGAGAACAAGUAGAGGUUCAGACUGCGGCGUCUUUAUCAACAGAUGCCCGGACGGCCAAUACCCUAAAGAGAAGCAGCAGCUCGUCCCGAGUACGGAGAGCCGCGUAUCUAGCUGCUAAAGCGGAUAGUUACGAGGCCUGGGCGUCUAUGGAGCUUGUUUCGGCGGGUAAUAAUCACACAGAAGAGGAGAUCGAGCUAUAAUUUUG